CAGUCUUUUCGCGUUUUAAGUUAGUUUAAUGUGGAAAAUCGGAAGGAUAAAGUGUUAACGAAAUUCCACGUUAGAAAAGAUGGAACCGAUUGGUUCAUUUAACUGCGCUGUCAGAGUGAAAGAGGAAUUACCUAAUAAUUUGUCAUUUAUUGAACGCGAUCGCGAGAUGGUUGACGAGACACCUGAUCUGAAAAACUUCCAACUCUCACCAUUACUUGAAGGAAAUUCCGUAAGAAUUGAUAAAUAUACCUUACUUGAUAUUGUAGUUUUUUUAAUUAAAACAUUUUUUAUUUUUCGACAGACCCAUACACUUCGAAACUGUGAUAUUAAACUUGAAAGUACACUUGAUGACGAAGUGGAAAUAGUUGUCGAAUGUGAUGACGUGAAGCCUAAUUUCAAUUUAUUGUCAGUUACAAAAAUGGAAGAUAAUUCUCAAAAUCACUUGCUAAGUGUAAUAGAUACCAAUUUAUAUAAAAGUAAAAAUUUGAUCAAAAUAGAAACUGUGAAUGAAGUGAAACAGGAAUUUAUUGGUUCGGUUGCAGAAGGUUUGAAUUUAAAUUCCAACAGUGAACUUGUCGAACAAGAUAAAAAAAAGAAAAUUAUAAAAAAGUUAAACAAACAUGGACUCAAAACACUUGUCAAUACGUUGCAUAGUGAUACAAACCACCCAUGUGAAAUAAGCAGAGAGAAAUUUACAACUAAGAAUCGUGUUGAAACUCACAUCGACUCGGUUCGUAGAAAAAUUACACAUUCAUGCGAUGUAUGCGGGAAGACAUUUUCACAAAAAUAUAAUCUCGCAAUCCACAUCAAUUCGGUGCACAAUCGUGUCACACAUGCAUGCGAUCUGUGCGAAAAGACAUUUUCUCAUAAAAGUAAUCUCAAACUCCACAUCAAUUCUGUGCAUAAUGGCGUUACACAUGUAUGUGACCUGUGCGAAAAGACAUUUUCAAUGAAAAGUUAUCUCAAACUCCACAUUGAUUCAGUGCACAAUCGUAUCACAUAUGCAUGUGAUUUUUGCAGAAAGUCAUUUUCACAAAAAAGUAAUCUCAAAAGCCACAUCGAUUCGGUACAUCAUAAAAUAACCCAUGCAUGUGAUAAGUGCCCGAAGACAUUCUCACAUAAGAGUUAUCUCAAAAAACACAUUGACGCCAUGCAUAACGGUGUCACCCACUCAUGUGAUAUUUGCGGAAAGACAUUCAUACAAAAAGGUUAUCUCAAAGUUCACAUCGAUUCCAUGCACAAUGGUAUCACUCACUCAUGUGAUGUAUGCGGAAAGAAAUUCCCAACGAAGUGGUAUCUAAAACAGCACAUCGACUCAGUGCAUAAUGGUGUUACCCACUCUUGUAACAUAUGCGGAAAAAAAUUUUCAAUCAAGAGGAAUCUCAAAAAUCACAUCAAUGCGGUACACAACGGUUACUGAUAUACUUGUAAUUGACGUGAAAAGAUACCUUAAAUAGUGCCAAGCAUAUUGAUGCCAUAUGCAUGUGAUAAUUGGGAGAAAAAAUCAAAAACUACUUUAACAGCCACAUAAACCAGGUGUAUGUAGUA